AUGGAUGAUCCUGUUCGGAAAGAUCGAAUCCCUACUGCCUGGCCUAAGAGGCAAAGUGUGACACAACAACAAAAAUUUUUCCAUUUGCCUUCCAGCAACUCCGAUGAACACAAACACCUUUUGACAUGGGACAUCACCUUGACUGAACUUCAAAACCUUUUUCUAUCUGGUGAGACGGUCCUUUGCAAUUGGCAUUCACAUCUUCAAGUGCCCGAUUUUGUCCGUGCAGCCCUGAAUCAGUCCACGGAAUCUGAAGGCUUGACAUCCAACGUCAACAAUUUCAGCCAAUUUGACCGUCUAAUUAUUUACACGGACGGGAGUUCCAAGCCUUCAAACCGCCGGAAAGCGCCUUUGUGGGUCCAAGAGCACGAUGUGCCAGAUGCAUGGGCUUUCAUUGUGCUUGGUGAAAAGUAUGGUGAGACUGAGGACAGCUCGACAAUUUCCUUCCUAGGAUGGCAUUCGCAACCUGUUUUGUAUGAAUCAUCCUUGCCGCAUUUUCUUGGCACCGACGCUAUUGGGUCAGAAUUUGCAGAAAGGGAAGGUUUAUUUUGGGCUGGAAUUUGGAGGUUAGGUAUUGACUCAACCAUCCCUACUGUUUUCAGAACUGAUUCAAGUACUACUGCGAGCCAAGCAGCUGGAAAUACCAAUUGCCAUGACAAUCACCCAACCUUUGUUCUGUUGCGUAGUGUUUUUCAGACGCUAGCAGCAGGACUUGCAAAUGAUGGAUUGAUUGUGGAUCAUGUUGCAGGGCAUGCUGGGGACGCAUGGAACGAGCUUGCGGAUCACCUUGCUAAGACUGAGGCCGCCCAAGGCGACAGCUAUGCUGAUGUAGUUUUCGGCCUGCUAUGGGCCAAGCUCCUGCGUACUUAUGAAACAAAACUGAUUGAAGCUGAUGUUCUGACGCAUGUGCCGGACUUCAAACAUCCCAGUUUGUUUGGUGUUGCCACCGACAUCACCUCAUCAUCCCCGUUUAUCGGGCCAACUUGGAUGGAUGACUUAAGCGUAUGCAUUGCUGCAUCAUCGAAUGCAGCCCUGCUUGCCAAGACAGGCCAGUCCAGCAAGCAGUCCAGACAUCCAUCGCGUAUGGAUUUUGUGCAGUAUGAUUUGGAAGUUUUGGAAGCCAUUUACCUUGGUUUGGUUGACAUGGAACCUGGCAUGGACCCCUUGUCGUUGACCAUUGGCCUUUUCUUGUUGCGCAGAAGCAGCCUGACUCAUUGUCAAGACUUCGACUUGAUGAAUGGGAAAACUGGUACGCCGAGUUGGCAACUGAGCCCAGUGGCAACAGGGAUCUGCCACCGGCAAUCCCCAGACUGCCUUGCCGUUUCAAAGUUGUGCUUCAUGCAUACGCUGGAAGGCGUAGGGACUUUUUGGGGCCCCUUCUCCCAAGCCUACGACUUUCCUUGUUUUGGGCAUGGAGACGCUGGAAAUGGACAUGCAUCGACAUCGUCUCUCAG